UCUUCCUGAAUCAUCACAAUACAUCGUCUCUUUACAUAAAAUCACACAGAGAAACUUCAGCAAUAAGCAGAUCAUCCAUGGAACACGGACACCAUCAUGGCAGCCACCACGGUCAUCAUCAUGGCCACCAUGGUCAUGGUCAUGGACACGGACAUCAUCACGGCGGUGGCCAUGGUCAUGGACACGAUCACGGCCACGGUCAUGGUGGUCAUGGCCAUGGUCAUGGUGGUCAUGGCCACCGUCCGCCGCCACCAUGCCCGCCACCACCACAACCGUACUGCCCACCACCACCUCCACCGCCCCCACCUCCUCUGGCGAUCUACCCAAUAUACGUGCCUCCUCCUGUAUGUCCACCGCCUCCCUGCUUCCGUCGCUGUUAGCACCUUCGACCAGAUCUCAUGAUUCUAAGCCACUACUUCUCUAGAGUCGUGUUACAGCUGAAUGCAGCUCUCAUCGUCUGUGCCUGCUGUUGGAUAAUUGCAAUCUACAGAUUGUGUCAUGAUGUGUGUGUAAAACAAGUCUACUACUAUGCGUCGUGGUUUUGUGUCAUGUGUGCUCAUAGUCAAGACCCGAUUCUUCAGUCGAACUUCAUUUUACUGGGUCAGAGCACAAGUGUCCUUGUCUAUCAUGGUUAACCAGCUACCGUCUCAUUGUAGUUUUGUGUUGCUGGAUAAUGUCAUUAUGGGAUUUCAAUUCCUUUUCUUCGGUUGGUUGAAGUAAUGGAUCUUAUUUAUGUAUA